AUGGACGCACCUCACGACCCAUAUGCCAAUCUAACCCCAGCUCAACGUGCCCUCUGGCUUCAUGAUCCGUACGCGUCCGUAGCUGCAGCUCAACAAGCAGCAGCACUACCUCCACCGAAAGCACCACCUAAGCCAUUAUUGAAUCGACCUUCAAAGCCGCCUUCACUUCUUGAGAUUAACACUUAUCCAGCCGAUCCUUAUGGAGAUGGUUACGGAGCUGAUGCCUACGGUUCAGAAGCUUAUGGUGCUGACGCCUAUGGUGCUGAAGCUUAUGGUGCAGAUCCGUAUGGAGCUGAUGCUUAUGGUUAUGCACCUGUAAUGAUAACGAAUUAUCAACAAAACGGAUAUUAUCAACAACAAUCCGGACCUCAAAAGCUGUCUCAAUUGGGAUUCUUUGGAGGUAAUUCGUCUAUUCAUUCCAAGAAUCCUUAUCAAUGGCCAACUCGCAAACGGUCCCACGGAGCUCGUGGAGCACCACAACCACCGGCCAAUGGUAACCAGGCACCAUUGGGUGGCUUGAAUCACUUUGACAUACCUAAAGGAUCUGUAAGUACUUAAUUGCUUUGAUUUUUUAAAGUUUAGGUAUAAGCAUCAUGGAUAAUAUAAUGAAAGUCUAAAAAUUAAGUUCCAUCUCAAUUUUUGGCACUUAUGGCUAUGUUAUUUUAGACCUCGAAGAUCCCGAGCUUAUUCCCAUCUCAAGCUUCAACUUCUGAGAAGAAGCCUAAAGGUGAAGCACAACAAGAACCAUUGUUACCUUUGGAAGGAGAUAUUCCUGAAUUUUUGGACAAAAGCAAAAUCCUGACCGAAACCAGGAAGCGAAAGAUCAAAUACAGGAUUCUGUUGUGGUGUCGCAUCGUGAAGUUCGAUAUUGAAUCGAAUUUAAAGUGUAAGGGUUUGAAAUUUAAAUUUUUAUAGUUUGGAAAGAAAGUUCUUGCCAUUUUUUGGUUUGUGAAGAAAGUUCUUGCUAUUUUUUGGCUUGUAAAGAAAGUUCUUGAUAUUUCUUACCUUAUAAUGAAUUUUAAAAUACUAAAAACCUUUUUUUAGGCGGUAGCUGGCUGAUGGUCGGUCACACUGAAUCAACAUGUACAGUACGUAUAAAGAACUUCUUCCCGGAGAUAUUCGCCGUCUCAGCAACAUCAGUCAAUCUCGAAGAACUUUCGUAUGAGCUUAUAGUGCAAUGGCUACUUUUCUGGUACUAUAAGAGUGUGCUGAGCGACAAAAUGAUCUUCAACUUGUACACAAAAGACUCCAAGUACAGUACAGAGAUGUUCAAGGCCGCAAAACGAUGCUAUUUGACUGUGGUUGAGGAGGUCAACAAAGGGAAGUUUUUUCUUGAACUUAUUUUAUUUUUAGAUUGGAAAAAAGACGAUCAAGAGUAGAGGUGAAGUCAGUUUCAGUGCAAAAUGCUCUGUUUUUUGCUUUAUUUUGUAAUAUUAUCUUUAAAGCCAUUUUUUAAUGAUUAAAGCUGAUUUAUAUUUAUAUCUAGCUCAGCCAUAGAUAAAAGGAGUAAUAGGCGUAUUUUAAUGAUUUUAUCUUCCAGAUAACUUCCCCGACGACCUAAGAUACGGCAAAAGGCUCUUCACAGAGGAGGAAAAACAAAAAAUGAAAGAAGCCUGCGAACGAGCUGCUGCUAGAAUAUCCAACAACGAUCUGGCCGAAGACACUCCAGAAGAACCAGCAGAAGAUACAGAAGAAACCACUUCUUAA